UGAGUACUAUUCUGCUUCGUAGCCGUUCUGUUGGCGACUUCCAGGGAUAUUUGAGAGAAAGGGGUGUUAUUUUUAGUGAGUCUAGGAUGAUGCCUGCAUUAGUAGAGCUGUGUAGUUUGGCACAAGAGCUAAGGAUUGAGUUCGCUCCCGUGGAUUAUUUGAAGAUCGGCCUGAAGUUGUCAGUCAGAAGUUGAUACUGAGUGAUAUGUGUCUUAUGCCUCCACAAUGGCUGUCUGUGACUACCGGUUUGUCUAUCGUUCCAGUGCUGUCAAUUUAUGAAAUUUAUAAUUACUUGAUUAGAUUUUAUGACCACGCCUCCUUAAGGGCAUAUCACCAGUUUGAGGGAUAUGAAAUGUUCCAAGAUGGCUAUACACGAGAUAUUGAGACGGUGCUAUAUCCAAAUACUGUCUAUUUUGCUGUGAAGGUAAAGGUGAAACCCCGGACGAAUGAUAAAGAUCCGAUAACCAAGAGAGACUUAUACAAAUGUUGGAUCGUGACGAAGAACGUUGAAGAGGGAUCCAUUAAAUAUGCUUAUUGCAUUUGCAAAGGAGGCACACAGACAGCAAUGCCACUGUACUCACCAUUGUCUGAAGAGUUCCCAACUCCUGAUCCAAACAUUUUCCUCCAAAGAGUAAACGAUCUUCAACCAACAGCAUGCGCAUUACGUGCCGUGUGACUGUUCGAAAAAUAAGAUUUAAAAUGUAUCACCUCUGAGCGUCAAAACACCGAUGGACAACAACAAUACUUUGUUAUUUCACUUCAAGAUGUAAUUGAUUCAAUUAUGGUUAAAACAGGCAAAGCAACUGCUACAUACAACUAAUCUUUAAAAAUCAAUAGAAGGUAUUAAAAAGUGUAAAAGUAAAGAAGCGAUAGUAAAACAGUAUUAAAAGACACGGGCCGAGUUAUAUAAAGUGUACAAACAUCAAAAACUGUUCUAAAUAUAUCUAAGAAGUACAAAUUUUUCUGAUCUAAUGGAUCGUGUAUAACUUACAAAACCAGUGGAAUAAAACUUAAUGCAACAUUAAUACAGCCAGUAAAAUGGACAUACGGAACGAUGGUACUAGAAUAACUACAGAAUGAUAAAAAAAGAUAAAAAAGAGAAAAAUGACAAGUUAAGGUAAACUGUGUAUAAUGCCAAUUAGUUCCCAUAAAUUUCAAUAAAGAAGUGUGUCUUCAGGGCUCUUUUAAAAGAAGCAUACGUGUCACAGACCCUUAUUCCUCUUGGAAUAGAAUUACACAGCUUUGAGGCAGCAGUCACACAACUUCUGGCACCAUACAUAGCAGUCCGACUUCUUGGUACACGUACUGUUACAGAGUUAUUGCUUGAUCUUCGGUCUCGUAGGGGUCUAUAUACCUCUAACAUGUUUUUGAUAUAAUCCUGUGAUUGGUCAUGCAAGGCAUUGUAUGUAAUAGAGAGUGUUCUGAACAUUUUGCAUUUUGUUCAUCACGGUUUUAGGUAUGCCAAUCAGUAGCACAUUACAAUAGGUGAAUCUUAAUUUGACUAGAGAGUUUAGAAGAUAUUUCGUGGCGUCAUUAGUCAGGUAUGGUAUGAUGUGACCUAUUUGCCGUAAGUGACCAUAGGAAAAUCGACAGACCGAGUUCACAUGCUGUUCCAUGUUCAUCAUUGAAUCCAGCAUUGCUCCAAGACUUCUGACGCAUGUGGUUGGCUUUAUCUCAGAGACUCAAACAUUAACUAAGAUAACCGAAACUAAUUUAGCAUUGCGUUUUUGAUGUAAAAAGUAUUUCUUCUGUCUUGUCAGCGUUCAGUUUUAACAUGUUGUCAUACAUCUAAGACACAAUAUCAUUGAGACAGGCCUCAAAACGACGCAAUGCCUGGGAACCCGUAUCUGUUGGUUCAAAAGAUAAGUACUGUUGUGAAUCAUCGGCAUAAAAAUGAUGCUUAUGUCUAUGAUUUCUACAAAUGUCACCAACUGGCUUGGUGUAAAUGAUACAGUUUUUGGGUCCUAAAACCGAUCCUUGGGGUACACUGUUAUUCAUCAGUACUUGUCUUCACAGUUCACCGUCAAUACACACAGUCUGGUAGCGAUCACUAAGAUAUGAGGACAUGCGAGCGUUUUCCUCAAUUCCGAAAUGAUGUUCCAAGCGGUUUAAAAGAGUGUUGUGAUCAAUGGUGUCAAAAGCUGCAGACAGGUCGAUUAGAAAAAGUACUGUGACUUUGUUUUUGUCAAGGGAUUGGAGAAUGUCAUUAUUAGAUUAAAGCGGUGUGUAUUCUUGUUGAGUCCAGGUUUAUUUAAAAGAGGUCUGAUUCGUGGGCUUUUAAAAGACUUUAGUACGUAUGCAGUUUCAAGCGAGACGUUGAUGAUCUUUGUCAACAUAGGUAAUAGUUCAUCUAUGCACAUCUUCAGAAGCCAUGUUAGUAGAAGGUUUAUUUCACACGAUCUAUUAAGGGAUCGUAAAAUGAUCUUCUUUACCUCUUCUUCUGGAGCUGCCAUAAAUUCUACAAGCUGGCAUACGGUUAAUGGUUGAUCAACCACUUGCGUACCUGAGAAAGAGUCAGACUGACCGGUGUUUGUAAUUAUUUCUCUACGUAUACUUUCAAUUUUAUUGAUAAAGUCACUAAAGUAUUGAGCCAGUCCUUUAGACUCUUUGUUAGAAGGCAAGACAAUCUCAUUCGAACCUCCCAGUAAAUGUUUGGUUAUCUUAAAUAAACUCUAAUAAAUAGCUAUGUACUGAGGGAAGUAGCAAUUAAAACUUCUUACUCACUUCGUGACCUUUUUAAUACCUCACUUCGUCUCGUCAAUGUACCAUGUAAGUGGAAGCUGGCUCAUAUAUGUGCUAUUUAUAAGAAGUCUGACCCACAAGAUGUUGAAAGUAUCGUCCUAUUUCCUUACUACGUUUUGUCUGUAAGGUUUUUGAAAAAAUAAAUGUAUAAGUAUAUUUUUAACUUCAUUUUAAUCUGGUUUUGUUCCUCCUUUGUUAACCAGAUCGUAUCGAUUUAUCAUUUUUUGUUUG